GUCUUGUGACAGACGUCAAACCCCGAAAAUGGGCGGACACAAUUCGUUCGCAAUUGCCGGUCUAGUACGCGUAGUACAUAAUUAUAAGUCAAUGUAUUUGAUACCUGUUGUCUGGCUACACUCUUAUCAAUGUCAAUGACCUUAACCUACGAAAUGUCACUUUCAACAAGUUGAUUAUAGUUAUUUAUUUGCCCGGUUCACACGAGUUCCUAGUUUUCCACAAAAUAACAAAUCAUGACGAUCAUAAAAGUAGCAAAUGAAACUGAGGUGAUUAGUAAGCUAAGUAUGUAUGUGGAGAAAAUAUCGAACGACGCUAUUUACAAUCGGGGAAAGUUUUACAUUGGGUUAUCAGGUGGUUCCGUGCUUAAGUUCCUCUGUGAAGGGCUGCCGAAGGUCAACACUGUGUGGUCGAAAUGGACCCUGGCGUUCUGCGACGAGCGGGUAGUACCAGAGGACAAUGAGGACUCCACGUUCGGCGUUUACAAGAGGGAACUCAUACCUAAGACUGAAUUAAAAGAGGAGCAAUUUGUUGUCUUGAAACAAGGUGUCCCCGCUGAAGAAGCAGCAAAAGACUAUACAGAAAAACUAAAAUCAGCCUUUAACAGUGAAGAAUUCAAAUUUGACCUGCUCCUCCUGGGCAUGGGGCCCGAUGGCCACACUUGUUCCCUGUUUCCGGGACAUCCACUACUGGAAGAAACCAGCUUGAAGGUGGCAGCCAUCACAGACUCUCCAAAACCACCUCCAGCAAGGAUCACAUUGACAUUCCCUGUGAUAAACUCGGCAAGGAAUUGUAUUUUUGCUAUUAGUGGGGCAGGGAAGGCAGACAUGGUGAAGCGUAUCUUAAAGGAUAAGGAAGACCUGCCUUCAGCUCGCGUGAAGCCGCAAGGCGCGCUGUACUGGAUUGUCGACAACGCCGCCGCCGCGCAUAUAUGAAUAUCAAUGUUGCUGACCAAUACUAGACUUGAUGACAUUACUAAGAUUAACUUUAGGGUAGGUACAGUCCAGAAAUUUGUUAUCUGUACCUCUGUGUAUCAUCUUAAUAGGUACCUUGUCACAGUGACAAUCAAUACGAAGCCGCCACGAAAGUAGAGGUCCGCGCCACGCCAGCGCGCCGCUGCCGACUUGCCCGGCGCGCUGCCGUCGUCAAAAAAGUCACGCCGAUCUCAAAAUUUCAAACUAAAUUUGAUAAUUUCAAUGUCCGGUGGACGCAUUCAAGGUCGCUUUGUCGGCCUAGGCCAUCGAUGUUGUAUGAAAAUCUAUUGCCAGCGCGCCUCUCUCAAGCGCGAGCAACGCAGUAUCUCGCAGCCUAUUAUUGCGAACGUAAAAACAAUAUUUCUACGAAUAUUUUGAGAAAAGCCAGUGUUUUAAUUUCUCUAAAACGAUAACCUUCACGCCGGCGGCGCCGGUGCUCCGCUGCCGGUGUUUUGGGCUGCGGCGCGGAACUCUAUGAGUAAGUAUUAAGUGGCACAGAAAUUAGGUUGUCUGACCAUACCUUACCUUAAUAUGCCCUUAUUGUAAUGCCUUAAUGUCUAGUACCCGUACAAUGAUGACUUUGUGAUGAGCUAAAUAUUGUGAUAAUUUGAAAAUAUUUCAUAGCCUGAAGGUUUUAAUAAUUAAGAGAAGAGGUCAAAGGCAGUAAUUUUUUUAUGCACAAGUGUUUGAAAAUGUCCGAGUUUAUAUAUAUAUAUUUUACAAUUAAAAGAAUAUAAUUAUAUAUUCAAUUAGCGAUUUUAUAAGCCUAAACGUCCACCAAAAAUAUUUUAAAUGUACUCAAUUUUAAAAAUACAUACCUAGCGGUGUUUCAGAAAGCAGGUAUGUGGUGUAAAGUAGUCACAGACGGAAUUUCUGCCGUUUUUAGUCUGUGCUUAGGGUGGUAUUCCACCUUUCCAAUGUUCAAUGAGUCUCACUAUCUCAUUAAGCAAAAUGUGACACGCAAAUACACAUUGGACAGGUGGAAUACCACCCUUUGAGCUUCAUGAAAUGUGUCACAGGCCGCUCAUUGCAUUUACUCUUAUCAACCUUAUGAUAGCAUCUCUGUUACAAAGUGUUCUGCCUUUGAUCUUAAUAGAUAUCGUAGUUAAACUACUUGAGGUGGAAGUGUGUUUGAGAAGGAUUUUUAAUACUUACGUCAUAUUUCUAGGGUUUUAUACAUUCCUGUUAAACAUUGUUUUUCAAAUAAAAAUGCUAACAGUU